UAGACUAUAUAAAGCGGAACCGAAGCGGAGGAAAAACGAACACUCUCGUUUUAACUUUCAGCACUCUUUCAACUCUCUCCAUUCUUAAUCAACAUGCAAGUCGUCGCCGUCCUCUUGGUUUGCUUGGCUGCCGCCAACGCUUUCGUCAUCCCAGCCACCACCUUCGUCCGUGCUCCGGCUCAUGACAGCGCCAUCAUCAAGUCCGACCGUCUUGGCGGAAACUUCGCUUAUUCCACUGUUGAGGGCCACGCCUACGCCGCCGUUACCCCCGUCGUCCAGCGUGUCCUCACCCCGGUCGGAGUCUCUCACCACGCCGUUGCCACCCCCUACUACGGUUACCCAGCAUACGGUUAUUCCGGCUACCCUUACGGUUCAUUCGUCGCUCCCGCUGCCGUUGACGCCAAAGCUGGCCAGCCCCUUUUGGUUGCAUAAACAAGAUAUUCCAAGAUGUCAAAUCGAGACUUAUUCUGUUGAUUGAAAUGUUCAUAUUCACGCUUAUUGUAAUACAAAAGAAAAAACAUC